UUUCGCAAGCAGCGUUGUAGUUGUUGCUGCACCGCUGCUUACUAUCUGCUGCUACUUGCAAUACUUCAAAGUUGCUGAGUGCGAGCGCGUUCCUUUGCGGACGAGUGACGAGCAUGUAUGUGUUUAUCUGCCUAUCGGUGUGUCGUCGGCAGCGGCUAUUAUUUACCCCCGCCAAGUGUAGUUGGCGUUGUGAUUGACAAGCCCAGUGUGUGUUUGCCUUCGAAACGCGUACAACGUGUGCUGUGUAGAGAACGAAAUAUAAUAAGCGUAAUUUCCAAUUCAUUUUUCCCAAACAAAAAAUCGCAACAAUAACAAAACGAAAAUUCUACUCUACUGUUCGACCUUCUACAACGGUAACGCGUAACGCGAUUGUAACGGAAAAUAAGUACUAUAAUUGGAAAUAUACUGCAUAACGCGUAAAGUAUUAUUUAUUUUAUUAAAUCAAAUGAAAACAAAGAUAAUCUAAUAAUAGUAAAAUAAAAAAAAGACUUCAUGCUACGCGGUGCAUGCAAAAUAUUUGGUAUAUAUUCAGCAGAAGAAAAUUUAUUACUGUAGCUGUUGCGCGCCUUUAACGAACAGAAAAAUAAGAACGCCGAACAUUGCACGCUUCUGCAUUGCCGUCGCUAGUGGAGCGAUUAGAAUGCAUUAGCAGGACUAUUGCGAAUUGGGCAGGAUUCUGAGGCGGCGAGCGUUGAAACGCACAGGCAGGCGUUGGACAGAGAGUAGUCAGCCAGUUCGUCAGCCGCAAUCAGUUAGUCGGCGUGUAGGUGCGUUCUGCGAAGUGCGCGUGCAUUUGGUGUUUUCUUCAGCUAAUAUUCAAGAGUGCAGCAGCAGGUCGCGCGAGUCAAGCAGUCAGGCAGAUAACUCAGCCGUAGAACACAAAUCAUUUGCAAGUUGCUGCUGCCACUCUACGCGCAAAUGAAACAACAAACGCAAAUUAGAUAGUAAACAAACAAAAAUCAAGUAACAAAAAUUUAAAACAGUCUGCCGUGAAUGUGGCGCGUAAAAACAACAACAAUUUGUUUUUGAUUAAUUGCGGUUCAACUCGCCACGCGUAGAUUCUGCAAAAAAAAAAAUAAAAUAAAAUAAAAACUAGUAUUCAAAUGAAAUAAUACAAAAACAGCCAGAACAGCUUAAGGUGUAUUUGGAUUUUUUAUUUUGUGUGACGCCUUUUGUUUUAAAAAAAUAUAUACUUUUUUUUAAUAUCCUUAUACAUACUGCAAAUUCAUCCAACAGUUGCAGUAGCAGGAAUUUUUUACACAAAGUUUUUCCUGAACAAUUUUUCGUUUUUGCUUGAUGUGAAGCCAAAAGUUUGUGUGCACUACGAAAACUGUAAGCGCCUGCAGCACUGCGAACCUCCUUUGUCGUGUCAGUUAGUGAAACGCGUCGGUAAUUAGCGUGAAACACGGUUGUCGUCCUAAUCGUCGAAAAAAUCGCGCAAAAGAACUGACGUUUGAUUCGGUGAGGCGAAAAAGUUGUGCAAAAGUUCGUGACAAAUUUCCACUUUAAAAUUUAUGUUUAGCAAUUGUAUGUGUUUUGUAGCAAAGCAGAAGUAAUCAUUUUAUACAAAAAUAAGAAGUAGUCCAAAAGUCAAAGGAAAAGCGAAAGCGUAAGGAAUAGAGAAGAGUAAGCGAAAAUUCCUUUGAAGUAGAUGUCGUAGCGGAAAGCGAGUGAACGUCGAUGAAGCUGUGAUAUUUGUGAGCAUAUACACGCUAACAACAACAACUACUACUAAAACAAGACGAAGAAACAAAACCUCUGAAAUCCAAUUGGAAAUUUUCGCAAGCAAGCAACAACAAGACAAAGAGGCGUUCAAGAAAUUUUACCUACAAAACAAAGCAACUUAACUUUUCCACGGCAACUUUGUAUACGAGCAACUACAACAAGAACAACGACGAGUAUAACAAGCAAAGCAUUGGCGGUACUGGCGGCAAGAAAUACUGUGAACAACAACUACAAUAAGCAGCUAAUAAUAAGAUAUUUAUGACAGCUGCAACAGUACUACAUAUACACAAAAACAAAAUAAUAGCAACAACAAGAACAAAAGCAGACGUCAGAACGCAACGGACAGUUGCGAGGAAGCCAAAUGCCAAGUCGCUGAAACAAACCAACCAAUCCCGAAGCAAUCAAGUAUACUAAAACACAAAAUUAUAUACGAGCCCUUAGCGCUAAACAAACAAAUAAAACAAAUAAAAAGAAAUAUAAAAAUUAAAAUUACAAUAAAAAAUUAUUAUAAAUUUAUAAAGUACACAAAAUUAUUCCACAACUACAUAUACAAACAAGCAUUGUAUACGAUUUUAAAAAUUAAAUAACUAUAAAGUACACUUUAAGAACAAGAAAAAAGGAUUAAGUUAGAGAAAAGCAGCAACAAUUACACAACAAUCAACUGCAAUACAAAUAUAAACAGCGGAAAGUAUAUUUAACAAAUAUUUUACUUGCAACAAUUACUAUUCGUUUCGUCGCGUUUUACCGUCGCGUGUGUCGCUUAACAAAGUAACCAAAAAUAAAAACACAAAAAUAAAUCUAAUAUCUCAUCAUUCUUUCCAACCACAAAAAUAUUGCAAACAAAUGUGCCUGUUGUGUUGAAGUAAAAAAAAAGAAGCAAAGUGAACAAAACUGAAGAAGAAAAAUUGUCUAGAAAUUCAUGCAUACAUAGUUGCUGCUACAUGAAUACAUGCAACUAAGGAGACGUAUGAAAACUGCAGUGAAGUGUUCCUAAAAUUACAAAAACAAAUAAGAAAAAAAUUAAAAAAUACUAUAGAUAAGGAGCGUACAGUGGACUUGCGAGCCAGCCACACAGCAAAGCCCGCACCCACCAAACUCAACACCUCACAGGGAAACCCACAAGUCGGCAAACGUUGCACAGCGUGUGCUGCUUGCAAAAGUGGCACAGGUCGGGCUGGACAUCGCUCCCAGAGCAUUAAUGGCUCAACCUAGGUAUGACGAUGGCCUGCAUGGCUAUGGUAUGGACUCGGGUGCUGCAGCAGCUGCCAUGUACGAUCCACAUGUCGGACAUCGGCCGCCCGGAUUACAAGGCCUCCCCACGCAUCAUUCACCGCACAUGACACACGCUGCUGCGGCGGCGGCAACAGUUGGCAUGCAUGGCUACCACACUGGCGCUGGUGGCCAUGGUACACCUAGUCAUGUAUCACCGGUUGCUAAUCACUUGAUGGGCGCAAUACCCGAAGUGCAUAAACGUGAUAAGGAUGCGAUCUAUGAACAUCCACUAUUCCCGCUCUUGGCGCUAAUAUUUGAAAAAUGUGAGCUGGCCACAUGUACGCCCCGAGAACCCGGCGUGCAAGGUGGUGAUGUCUGUUCGUCAGAAUCAUUCAAUGAAGAUAUAGCAAUGUUCAGCAAACAGAUACGAUCACAGAAACCCUACUACACAGCGGAUCCCGAAGUCGACUCACUGAUGGUGCAAGCAAUACAAGUACUUCGGUUUCACCUUUUAGAGUUAGAAAAAGUGCAUGAAUUAUGCGACAAUUUCUGUCAUCGAUACAUCUCAUGUUUAAAGGGUAAAAUGCCAAUAGAUUUAGUGAUUGACGAACGGGACACCACCAAACCACCAGAAGUAGGUUCAGCUAAUGGUGAAGGAAGAAGUAAUGCCGAUUCGACAUCGCACACCGAUGGAGCUAGUACACCAGACGUUGUGAGUACCCCCUUCGCGGGAGCACAUGGUCCUAUAUUGGCGAGCUACAAUGCGGUGGUGCACCCAUGUUCGUAGUACGAUAACGACCUUCUUGCAAAAACGAAGCGGGUGCUCACAAUGCCCUGGGAUUAAAUUAAAUUAAAAAAAAACAUGAUAAUAAUAACUAUAAAAAGUAAAGUAAAAUAAAAAAAAACUUAAAAAGAUCCGUACUAAUAAAAUUUAAAUGAAAACGAAUAAUGCCAAAAAAAAUUGCAAAACUUCGAAAAAGCAUAAAAACAAAUUCAAGAAAGUCAGAAAUAAGGAGAAAAACAUGGCCACAAGCAAAAUUGUAAACUAAUAACUCAAGAACUUAUUAAACAAAAAACCAAUAGUAAAGAAACCCACACCGCAAUAACAACAACAACAAACAAAUUCAUAAGGCGUUACGCACACGUAUAGUAAAACAAAGAAAAAUGGAAAUGGGCAGCCAAAAAAUAUAAAAUUGAAACGCUCAAAAGCAUGAAAAGCUCAAACAAAAAUUUAUCUAAACAAACGAAUGCACAAACGAACGAACGCAUGCACAAACUAGCCGCCAAACGCCACAGCAACAGCAACAACAGCAACUGAGCAACAUUGCCGCAGCAACAUUCUUCCACUGGUGGAUAAAUGUCCCAGCAGCUAAAUAAUAAAAAAUGGUUUUGUUUCUAUUUCUGUUUUGACAACUGGCAGGAAUGAGUAGCAAUUUGAAAAGAGAAAAUUGCGGCAUUGCCAAGCGCAAAAUUUAUAUGUACAUACAUAAAUCAGCAAUAAACAAAAUAAUUGCAACAAAAAUAUGCAACUAUGCAAUGUAAAUAAUAGUAAACAUAUAAAAUAUGUAAUUUUGAAAGCUGUUAGUUGCAAAUUAAAAUCAAAUCGUUUGCUGCUGUUGCUGACGCCGUCGCAGUGGCAAACACAGACGCAGUUGUCGCCGUCGACGCCUCCGUUGCCAUACCAUCACUGCCAUUGCCAUUUUUUAUUGUCACUAUACGUGGGUGCAACAUCGCCAGAUCAACACCAACAAAUGAAAACAAAGAAAAACAACAGCAACGCAAAGCACUUUGCGCAAAACACCAACAACAAUUGCCAAAUAGAAAAGCAAACUAAAAUAGAAAAAUCAAAACAAAACCAAAUACAG